AUGUCUACGCAAUCGAUGCCAUACAUCAUAAGACUGCUUGGAUCUACAACUAUUCGAGUUGUCCGCAUCUCUCCUGGCCUUUGGAAUGAACCAAUAAGAUGCAGACUCGAUUAUCGUGAACUUAAUGACACUUCUGAGCGCUCAUACGAGGCCCUAUCUUAUGUAUGGGGCCGGGACUCACCUGAGUUCUCAGAUGGGAUCUAUCUGGAAGGUGUCCUGUUCCAAGUCACUGUUAAUCUCUCCCGCGCUCUGAGAUACCUGCGAAAAGCUGAUGAAGAUAGAUACCUGUGGAUAGAUGCGUUGUGCAUCAAUCAGGAGGACUACAGAGAGCGGAGUUCACAAGUUAGCAUCAUGCGGACAAUCUUUCAGAAUGCCGAACGAGUUAUUAUCUUUAUGGGCGACGCGAGGGGCCACGAAGGAUGGCGGUCCUACAUUGCACAGCCUCCCACCACUCCGGUAAUGACACUUUACGGAAACGAGCAAGACGAGCCAUUUCUAGUUGGAUUUUGGGACUUCUGCCAAUCGAUUCAGCAGGAGAAUCUCGUCUCACCCGGGAUUACUGUUUUAACGCUUAUUCGGGAAGAGAGUUCCCUUGCCUGUUGGGCCGGCAACCAACAGAACAAAGGGGAUAAUCUUCCCUGGUGGGUCCCGGACUGGAGCUUCGCCUUGGAUCCUGGAGAUAAACGUCGCGCGGAACUUCCUAAUGGUUACAAUGCGAACCAAGGGUGGACUCUUCGGAUCAUCGACAACGAGUCGGAUUACUGGGCCGCUGUCGUCAAGCAGAUGCGGCAACUCGUCGAUUGUCCUGCGGCUCAGUGUCACAACUUGCCAGCAUCACUGUGCCCAUCGCUGCUUCGUUAUAUCGAAUGUCUGGACCUGCGAGCCAAAUUAGUGGCUUUCAAUGAAUUCACCCUCCGACUACCACGUUCUGUUGGAGAGCUUUUUCAGUUGUGCGUGGACGAAGAUAUUGAUAUCUCCCCUAGCUGGCCUCUGCGGAUCGUGGAUGAGGAUAAGCAGUCCCGGCUUUGGGGAAAAUCUUUCGCCGCAUUGCCGCUUGAUGAUCUUCCAGACGAUGUGGUGCAUCAGCUCGAAUCCCUGCGAGAGGCGGUACAAGACCAGACUGGAGACACAGAGGACAGCAAAGAAGCUGCGAAGUCUUCCAUUCUGAAAAUUCAUUCGCUCUUUUUCGGUAUUCAGGGCGAAAGGCCUAUUUGGUACGAGUGCUUUGACAAGCACAUCCUGACGGACGAACAGAGGCACAUCAAAAGCGCCAUAACAGACCUCAUUGACCAGUGCCAGCGGUUACUACCAUUGUGUGAAGCAACAGACGACUCUAUCCUUCCAUUCGAGCUUUUCAAAACUUCCUAUACCCUCCAAGACUCAGCAUUCUGGCUCACCGAGUUUCAAUCCCCGAGGUCACUGGAUCCAGCAUGGAAAUGGAGGCCCAACCCGUUCAAACGUCCAAUUCCUAAGUUGCCGGAGGAAUUGCUGACAAUUCAAACAAAAUACGUAGACAAAGUCACGGAUUACGUAUCGCAGCCGUUCAAUUAUUCGUGGUCAGAUGCGAAGAAAGUGUCGCUGGAGCUAGCUCGGUGGUUUACCUCCUAUUGCCAUCAUCUCAGGCUAUCCCCUCAGGAAACUGAUAACGAGUCAAUACGAGCUUUUUGUUGGACUAUUGUUGGCGGCGUCUGCAGUCGUGCUGACCGCUACCAGGCGGCUGGCGCGAUUGGUCUCAGUCCUCUAGAAGAUUGGUUCCAGAGACUCCUCAGGGCUUUACGUGGAACAUCCGACUGGUUCGAGUCCGUGGAGGCUGACAUUACGCACGACGGUGUCGACGAGGACUUGUUCACUCCCCCAAGCCCGUUCUUCGAAGAUAUCAGGGUUGCCAUAGACGGCCGUGUCUUCUUCUUGACCGCUAAUGGUUCGAUGGGCCUGGGGCCUGCAUCAAUGGAGAGGGAUGAUGUGAUUCACGUCUUCCCCAGCGGCCGCACGCACUUCAUCCUCCGGGAGGACAGUAGUUGGGAGGCCUCCAUAUACCACACCGUAUACCCCGACUGCCCGAGAUGGGUGCUGUCCCCGGCUACGGGCCAUUAUGAGCUCGUUGGCGAUUGCUACCUGCAUUCUAGUGACGCACUAGAGACACAGACGCGCGCGGCAGAGGCCGGAGCUUGGGUGCCCGAGAGCGACAGGUCUCCCCGAUCUCCACACCUCCGCCGACCGGCUCCGAUUUUCGCUCAGCCUCAAAACACCGCUCCCCGCCACUCGGCCUCGACUCCAGACAACAGCGUUUUCAAAAUGGCGCCUGUCUACAAGUUUGCGCUGAUUCAAAUGCAGCCCAAGCCCGUCGACCCAGCCGCAAACUUCGCAAAAGCAGAAUCAGAGAUCCGCAAGGCUGCGGCUAAUGGAUGCCAUGUCGCCGUCCUGCCUGAAUACCAUCUCACCUCCUGGGUACCAGAGCACCCAGAUUUCGUCACAUCUUGUGCAGAAUCAGAGGCCUACCUACCACGGUAUCAAGACCUAUCAAGGGAACUCAACAUCAGCAUAGUCCCAGGCACGAUCUGCGAGUCACACCCAGCCAGCGAGCACGCGCCCGAGCCGCCGCAGAGCGAGAAGGCGCGGGCCGCCCUGGAGGGCAAGGAGCUGCGCAACAUGGCGCACUUCAUCGCCGCCGGUACGGGCGCGCUGGCCGGCAGCUACCAGAAGAAGAACCUGUGGCACCCGGAGCGGCCGCACCUGAGCCCCGGGCGGCACGCGCCGCACGAGGCGUUCGACACGCCGCUGCGCAACGCCGACGGGUCGCCCGUGCGCGCGGGCCUGCUCGUCUGCUGGGACCUGGCCUUCCCGGAGGCCUUCCGCGCGCUCAUCGCCGACGGCGCGCAGAUUAUCAUCAUCCCGUCGUUUUGGCUGGUCACGGACGUCGACGAGGCCGGGCUGGCGCUCAACCCGGACAGCGAGAAGGUGUUUCUUGAGACGAGUGUUGUGUGCCGCGCGUUUGAGAAUACGGCUGCUGUAGUGUUUUGUAACAAGGGCGGGUGCAGCCAGGCUGCGCUGCCGAUUGUGGGCAAGGUGAAGAAUGAGGGUGGGAAGGAGCUGGGGCUGGAUGAGGAUGGGACGGUGUAUGCUGAGGUGGACCUGGAUGUUCUGAGGAUUGCUGAGGAAAAUUACAAGGUAAGGGAGGAUAUAAAGGGCAAGGGAUGGCACUACGGGUAUGAAGUGGUCAAGGACAAGGAACACAACGAGUGA